GCCACUACCAUUGUGACAGUUGUUUUGUGUCAGUUGUCAAUCUUGUCAGUUCAGGUGCCAAAACUGUCACUUGCCAGAAUCCAUUGCCAAUUUUUUGUGUAAUAGAAAUAGAUAAGAAUUAAAAAAAAUUGAUUUUCUGAUCCAAUUACUAAUUAGCUGGAAUCGUAACUAUCUUAAGAAAUGGCUGGACUAGCAAAGAAUGUGAGGAUGCUAACAAGAUAUUAUUCUUCUACCUCUGCUAUCAUGACAAGGCCGGUAGUAAAAACAAUAAGCAGCUACAACUGUUCAAGAAGGGGGUCUCCUGUGAAAAACGCGCUUCCUUUGGUGUCCUCUCAGAGACUGGUUACACCACAUGAGCGAAGUUACAGUUCAAAACCUCCACUGACAUUAAAGCUUAUCAAAGAGAGAGUUAUAUUAGUUUUAAAUUUGUAUGACAAAAUUAAUCCUGAAAAGCUGUCCCUGGACUCACACUUCAUCAAUGACCUAGGAUUGGACUCCUUAGACCAUGUUGAGGUCAUAAUGGCAAUAGAGGAUGAAUUUGGCUUUGAAAUCCCUGAUGCUGAUGCAGAAAAAUUACUGAGACCUCAAGAUAUUGUUAGGUAUGUUGGAGAUAAAGAAGACAUUUACGAAUAAAGGAUAGAAAAUUAGUUUAAGUUUUAUUUUAAUACCAAUAUUGUCAUAGUUUAGAUCCAGUGUUAAUUUUGAUAAGUCUGUUCAAUAAAAUGUAUAUGCCCUUACUGAGACUUGUAUAAUAUUCUUGGGAUAUAAACAAGUACAUCUAAAAAUGGUAAAAAUCUAUAUAUUCUUCUUGAGUCUAAAUAUACAAUACUUUUUCAGAUUAAAAAAAUAUAUACAGAUAACUCAAUACUUAUCAUCUGAAAGAAUUAAAUAUAGUCUAUAAUCACAUUUUGUUUAAAUUUACCAAUAAAUAGGUAUUCAAUAUUGUACUUAAAAUUACCCUAAGUAAUAAUCAAUACCUAUAUCUAUAAAUUUGUGCUAGGACUCCACAAUCAUGGCUAAAUACAGUACCUGUCAGUUGAUAGUACUCAUUCUUUGAGAUACUGACCAAGAUUGUUCUCUUGCACUUGCAAAUGCAAUAUAAAAUAAGUUAGCACCAAUGUUGAUACCUGCAGCUAGAUAAAAUACCAUCCUCCACUGACCUAAUGUUUC